AUGAGCACCCCCCUCCAGGUCACUGGGGGCCUUAUCCAGGGCGUGGCGAGCACAUUCGACCCCUCCAUCAUCCACUACAAGGGCAUUCCUUACGCUGCCCCGCCUACAGGCCCCAACCGCUUCAAACCGCCCCAACCGAUUGUCCCCUGGGAAGGCGUCAAGCUGUGCGACACCAUCGCUCCCAGCUGCCCGCAGGCUGCUCCCGAACCGAAAUACGUCGACGUGCUCAAGGGCCAUCCCCAGUCGGAGGAUUGCCUCUAUCUGAACGUCUACAAACCCAACGAUGCCCAUGAGAAGCCGUAUCCCGUCUUCGUGUGGUAUCAUGGCGGUGGCUUCCGUGAAGGUGGCAGCGCCGACCCCAACUUUGACGGCACUGGUCUCGCGCAGAAGGGCGUGAUUGUCGUUGUUCCCUCGUUUCGUCUCUCGAUCUUCGGCUACUUUGCUCACCCCGAACUCAGCGCAUCCUCCCCCUCCGGAACGUCAGGAAUGGUCGGCAUGCUCGACGCGGUCCAGGUUCUCGAAUGGGUGAAGACAAAUAUCGGGGCGUUUGGUGGUAACCCAGACCGGGUGACGAUUGGUGGGCAGUCGGCAGGCUACGCCAUGAGCCAUACCCUGCUCGUCUCCCCGCUGUCCAAGGGUCUCAUCCACGGGUGUGUGCUGCAGUCGGGCCCUCGCUCGUUCCAGGAGCCCGCCUCGGCCAGCGGGCCCAUGUCGUAUCGGUCUCGCGAACAGGCCGAGCAGGAGGGCGUCGAGCUCCUGCAAGAGCUGGGUCUCAAGAACGUCGCCGAACUCCAAGCGUUUGACGACAUCGAUAAGUUGAUCGAGAUCUCCCUCCGUCGUGACCCCAAAUGCUGGGGUCCCCCGCCCUUCUGGCGUCUCAUCCUCGAUGGCCACGUCAUCCCAAAACCAUGGAACGAGAUCGUCGCCGAGGGUGGAUCCAACAAUGUUCCCGUCCUGGCGGGCAUGAACAGCGACGAGGGUGGGACCUACAACGAGCCCCGGUUCACCUACGAGGACUUCCUCGAGUGUGUCGAGGGUCGUCUGGGCCCCAACUCGACGUACGGCAAGGGUGACCCUAGUCUCGUCAAACGCUUCCUCGAGCUGUACCCGCCCACCGACAAGGAGACGGGCAAGGGUCCGCUGGAAGCCUGGAACCGCGCCGCACGCGACAACACGCGCAACAACAUCUCCCUCUGGGCCCAGGAGUACCACCAGGGCACGACCGCUCCGGUCUUCGGCUACUUCUACACCCACGCGUGCCCGCCCUGGCGCAACUGGCAGCCGGACUACAACAUGCCCAAAUCCCGCGGCUUCACCAGCCACAAGGGUCCCGUCGGGGGUGCCCACCACAGCGCCGAGUUUGCCUACACCUUCAACAGCCUGAUCACCAACGACCUCCGCGAGUGGACAGACAAGGACUACGAGGUCGGCGACAAGAUUUCCACCCUCUGGGCCAACUUCUUCAAGUAUGGGAACCCUAACGGAUCAGAGGGCGUUAACAAGCGGCCCGAGGGUGUCGCCUUCUGGCCUGACCUCGUCGAGGAGCCGAACAAGCUGCUCGAGAUUGGCACCUACUGGCAGCUGAUCGAUACCGUUGAUGAAGAGAGACGCCAGUUCUGGACUGACUACAUUCGUGAUCAGGUGGCGUGGUAG